UCUUGUGUGUAUUUACAGGUCUGCCAAUUUGGGUCAGAACCCACUUGUGAAUCUGAUCUGGUGUGUUCAGGUGUCCUGAGACAGGGGGCGCUGUUUCUAAAAUGAGUUCCUCAGAGAAGACCAAGACUGAGGAUGGAACCCACGGCCCUGCGGGAAAGAGGGUCCAGGUAGAUAGGGCUGGGUCACCUGUACCCAGCUGUCUGUCUAUGAAGAGUGACCAUUCAUUGAAUCAUCCAGUCGACUUCAGAGGAGAGUUCACAGGUGAUCAAAGGGUCCAGGUAGAUAGGGCUGGGUCACCUGUACCCAGCUGUCUGUCUAUGAAGAGUGACCAUUCAUUGAAUCAUCCAAUCGAAUUCAGAGGAGAGUUCACAGGUGAUCAAAGGAUCCACUGCUCACAGGUGUCCAACCAUAUUGUAGAGAGGAGUUCAGAGAAACUGUUCUCAAAACAGCUGACCAGCAGCCCUGUGAAGCAGAAGGAUCUCGCUGACUCACUGGAGAGAGAUGAGCGGCACAAUAAAUCCAUAGAAAGAGCCCAGCAGGCACUGAAAACUGCUCUGAAGAAGAAGUUUGAAUGCAUAUUUGAAGGUUUAGCAAAGCAGGGCAACCCAACCCUCCUCAAUGAGAUCUAUACAGAGCUCUACAUCACAGAGGGGGGAAGUGGGGGGAUCAAUGAUGAACACGAGGUCAGACAGAUUGAGACAGCAUCCAAGAGACACACCACACAGGAGACUGCAAUCCUCUGCAAUGACAUCUUUAAGCCUUUACCUGGACAAGAGAAACCCAUCAGAACUGUGCUUACAAAGGGCAUCGCUGGCAUUGGGAAAACCGUCUCUGUGCAAAAGUUCAUUCUGGACUGGGCAGAAGGAAAAGCCAAUCAGGACAUUGAUUUCAUCUUCACUCUUCCUUUCCGAGAUCUGAAUCUGAAAAAGGAGAGAGAAUUUAGUCUCAUGAAACUUCUGCAGCACUACUUUCCGCAACUGAAAGAGAUCAAAAGUUUUGAAGAUGAAGUCAAAGUUGUGUUCAUCUUUGAUGGUCUGGAUGAGUGUCGACUUCCUCUAGAUUUCCAAAGCAAUAAGAUCUGCUGUGAUAUAACAGAGUCAUCAUCAGUGGAUGUGCUGCUGACCAACCUCAUUCUGGGGAAUCUGCUUCCCUCUGCUCUCCUCUGGAUCACCUCCCGACCA